ACAUUAUUCACCUGGGCUCAGGGAGUACACGUGUGCCUCAAAACACACCUACAGUAUCCUCAGAGCUGCUUUCGAUAAGCCAUGGCCCAGGCCAAAAGAAAUGAAAACGGUGCAGUGAAGACGUCUCAGGUGGUAGACAGGGAUGAACACCAGAAAAAACCCAGGAAAGUAGAAACGUACCUGGUAACACUUCCAACUGCAGAGAAGAAGUUUGCAGAUACACCAGAUAUGAAAAAGUCAGAUCCACAAUACAAUGAUUCCUCGGAGGGUCCAUUUGGUUUGGGCCCUCUCGUUUUCCCUUGUUUACAGCGUUUCAACAAUGUUAAGUUCUUCCUGGCUCUGUUGUUUUUAGCAGUCAUGGCUCAUGCUAUGAUCUUUGCUCUUGUUGAGCUGACUUUAAAAGUUUUUGAGUCUCACUUAUCUCCGUCACGGACAGAGGCAUUUGUAAUGGAUUCUAGUGAUUAUAUUACUGCUUGCCUGUUCUCAUUGAUUGUAGCACACUUUGGAGGUAGAGGGAAUCGGGCAAAUUGGGUGGCAGUUGGCUGCUUUCUAACAGGAAUUUCUGCAAUUGUUUUUGCUAUUCCGUUCAUUAAUUUUGAAAUUAUUAAACUGAGCGUAGUAAAAGAAGAGUUGUGCGAGGAAGGAAAAAAACCUAAAUUUUGUGAUCCAACGGUAAUACCGCACAAAUCAGUCUGUAUCUUUAUCUUCAUCUUCGGGCAGUUUCUCCAUGGAAUAGCAGGCUUGCCUUUGUAUGUACUUGGCGCAAGCUAUAUUUAUGACCACAUUCCCACAAACACAUCUGGAUUAUAUAUAGGUCUUAUAGAUUUUGCAGUUGGGGUCGGAUACUCUCUGGGUUUUAUAGGAGGAAUGCAAACUUUUAAGAUUCCUGUGCAAGAAGCUAUGCAAGCAGUUGGACAUGUUCAGAGGAUUCAAAUACUGCAGCGUGGUUGGUGGAGACCUUUUAUAUUUGUUGCUGUAUUUGCAUUUUGUACAACUUUACCACUGUUCUGUUUUCCAUCUAGUUUACCUGGGGCACACCAGAUAAGACUUGCGAAAAGUCAGGAACCUCCCACCUUUGACAGGAGACUUAAAAAUAAGGAAAUUAAGAAUAAUUUGAAGAGUGUUCUUCAUGCUAUUUGG